CCAACACCCAUGGACGUCGUCGGCCGCCCUUCAUUUCCUUUCUUCUCCUCGCCGUCACCACCACCAUCAUGACAACUAAGCACAUAUUCAACAAUCAGCAGGGCCUCGUCGUAAAGGGCCUACAUGGCCUCAUAUCUUCAAACCCUAUCCUCAGGCUCGAUGCACACAACAAGGUCGUCUACAACUCACAGGCACACCCAGAUCGCGUCAGUGUCGUAUCAGGAGGCGGAGCAGGUCAUGAACCUUUUGCUGCUGCCUAUGUCGGCGACGGUAUGCUCACAGCUGCAGUGUCCGGAGAGAUCUUCGCAUCUCCCUCCACCGCGCAGAUCACCUCCGCUCUUUCUCUCAUCCCCACCGGGAAGGGUGUCCUUUUCAUCAUCCUGAACUACACUGGCGAUGCUCUCCAUUUCGGUCUGGCAGCGGAGAAGGCACGCGCGAAGGGUAUCAAGGCGGAGAUGGUCGUCGUUGGCGAUGACGUCGCAGUAGGGAGGAAGCAGGGUGGUCUCGUCGGCAGGCGUGGUCUAGCUGGAUGCGUUCUCGUGUGCAAGAUCCUCGGUGCAGCUGCUGUUAAGGGAAUGGAUCUCGAAAAUCUCGCCGCAUUCGGCAGGCACAUUGUUGCCAACCUCGGCACCAUCGGCCUCUCCCUUGACCACUGUCAUGUUCCUGGCAGGACAGGCGAAUGGGAGUCCCUCGAGGCCGGGUCUUGCGAGCUCGGAAUGGGCAUUCACAACGAGCCCGGUGUCCGCCACAUUCAUCAACAGCCCGACCCGAAGCACUUGGUCGACGAGAUGCUCACCCUGCUGCUUGGUGACGACACGGAUCGUAACUUUGUAACGUGGAAGGAGGAUGACAAGAACGGAGAGAACGGGGAAGGCCCAGUGCUCAUGAUAAACAAUCUCGGUGGAACGAGCACUCUCGAGAUGAGCGCAUUUGCUGAGGAGGUUGUCAGCCAACUGGCAUCCAAGUGGUCGGUUUACCCAACUCGCGUCCUCAGCGGUGUAUACAUGACCUCUUUGAACGGACCUGGAUUCUCCGUCACUCUCCUUAACACAUCCGGUGUUCAAUACCAAGUGCAUCUUUUGACUCUUCUAGACGACGUGACCACCGCCACCGGCUGGGCAGGAGCACACGGCGGUUGGCCGAAGGGCAAGCGCAAUCUUGCUGCCGAAGCGAAGCAGACCGAGGCGCUGCUCCUCUCCGGCACAGAAGCGGAGGCGACCGAUGACCGCAAGGGACCGAAGAACGCAAACCCGAAGGAUAUCGAGAGCGCCAUCCGCGCCGCUUGCCUCAAGGUCAUCGCCUCCGAGCCUGAUCUCACAAAAUGGGACACCCAGGUCGGUGACGGUGAUUGCGGUAUCACCUUUGCCACCGCUGCUCAGGCUGUCAUUGACGGUCUUGGAACCCCUGCGCUUCCCACUACGUUUGCCUCCCAGACGAUCGCUUCUAUCGUUCAUAUCCUUGAGCCGACCAUGGGUGGUACCUCCGGUGCUAUCUUCUCCCUCUACCUAACUGCGCUCUCCGGUGCGCUCCAGACGCAGCCCUGGAAUGAGGCGGCCCAUUCCGCCUUGGAGGCAUUGCUCAAGUACACCCCGGCCAGAGAAGGCGACCGGACGCUGGUCGAUUCCCUCUCUCCAUUCUGCAAGGCUUUGAAGGAGGGCAAGAGCCUGGACGCUGCCGUCAAGGCUGGUGCAGCGGGCGCAGAGCACACGCGUGGAAUGAGGGCGCGGCUGGGUCGUGCGACCUACGUUGGGGAUGGUACUACCGGCACAGAGGGUCUUCCCCCGGAUCCCGGUGCAUGGGGUGUUGCUGAGCUGUUCAAGGGUAUCCAGGAAGGGUUGAGGCUGUAGUCCAAGAUAAUCGAAGUAGAUCGUUUUUCAUGAAUUCGGCUUCGUCAUAUUGCAGUCAGCGCAUAUGCAUACUUGAAAACCAAAUGAAAUAUGAAUUU